CCCGGCUUACGUUAGUAUUGCCCGCUCACAUUAUGGUCAGAAGAAUACUCUUAGAGACUCUCGGUUAUCCACGUGUCUAAAUUCUUCGCCUUCUUCCUUCUAUCCGUUAACCCUACUCUGUCUCUCUCUCUCUCUCCUCUGCAACUCUUCCAUCGAAGAAGAAAGAGGAAGAAGAAGAAGACGAAGAGUAACAAAAGGGAAAGUAAAAAAGUUUUUUUUUUUUUUUUUGGAAAAAGGAUUGAUUUUGAUUUUGAUUUUGAUUUUUUUUUUUUUGGGUUGGGAAAUGGGGAAAUUGCUCUGUGAUUCGACGACCGUUGCGGAGACAUUUCAAACAUCUUCACCUGUUCUCCCAUGGGGGGACCCAAAGUCAGCGCCGCAACCACCGCCACAGCUCGAAGCCGUAGAAGCUGUAGAUCUGGUUGACCAGGCUGUUACUACUGUCUGCUCCACCUCCUGGGAUGACGUUCUUGGCCUCGAAGACCAGCAGAGACGCCAUCUCCAGAGGCUUCACGCCAAGGGCGUCCUGUGGAAGCAUCCACAGGAUGAUGGUAUUGACGAUUUGUCCUCGUCCUCGUCUCCGUCUCCUCCUAGGUCGGUGGUUUUUCGGCUCUCUCACGGCGGCGAGGUCUCCUCCGACGGGAACUGCCUGUUCACGGCGUCGCAGAAGGCUAUGACGGCCUCGCGUGAGAUCGAUGCGAAGGAACUGAGGCGGCGGACGGUGAAGAGAUUCCUAGGGGACUUUGGAUCUGCGACCGUGGAGGAGACUGAUGUAAUAAACGAUGCGAUCAGGCACAUGUACGCGCCCGAUCUGAGGAAUGGGUGGGGGAUUCACGUGGUUCAGGAGGUGAAGUUGUUGGCCAAGAAAGAAGAUCGUUUGGUUCUCGAUUCCGCCAUUGACGAGCUCGUUAACCUUGGAAUGCAGAGAUGGUGUCUGAAUCUGAAUCCUGAAACGUUGUCGCUUUGGUUUGUGAUUUCAAGAGAGCUGGCUGCUGAGUCAAUCUACAAAGAGAGAUGCCUCUGCGUGAACGAUGGGCCGAGUUGGGCCAAGUACAUGUCGAUUUCAGGUUGCUCUGAUGAUGAAUAUGAUAUCAUCAACUUACAAUACACAGAAGAGGGUUUGUUAUCUGUUGACGAGAAUAGACAAGGCCAUGCUGCUGCUUUUGGUGAUGACAUAGCUAUUGAGUGUCUCGCCACUGAAUUCCAGCGAGAGAUUUAUGUGGUGCAAGCACAUGGAUCAGACGCAAUGGUUGACGAAGAAAAUUGUGUGUUCUUCCUACCACACCGUCCAAGAAGCCGAAUUUGUGAACUUCCUUUCUUCCUUUUCAUGAAAGGAACAGGUUGGUGUGGAGCCGGAGCUGAUCACUAUGAGCCCCUUGUCGCCCAUCCUUGCUCAUUCGUUUCCUCAGAGAAAGUUGCCAUGGUACUAUGAGAGAAAGAGAGAGAGAUCAAGUAGAGAAAUAGCUUAUAUUUAUUUGUUCCUUUCAAUGUUUGGCAUGCAGUCCAGUUCUCCUGAUUGAUUCAAUUUUUGGGUCACACUCAGUUGAGAGAAUUCCGAUGCAUAAGCUCAUUCAUUUUUUUGUUAGCCAGCAGUAGCCUUAUUAGAUUUGGUAGAAGAGCCUUUCUUUUCCCUUGCUUCCUUGAUCCUAGCGCAGGCUUCUUUGCCUGCAUUUGAGCAACCCGACCCCGAAACCCUUAUACUAGUCCUAAUUGUUUCACCGACUUUUGUUGUUUUUUUGUUUGUUGAGUUUUUGGAGGGAGCUUUUGUAUUGCUUAAGUCCCUAUUUCGGCCAAUCUGGAACAGUGCCAAUGUUGUAUUUUAGGCUGGUUUUUCAGUUCAAUGAAAAAGGGUGUUUUUUU